GGACGAAGAAGAAGGACAGAGGAGAAGGACUGAAACAAGACUGGAGAGCAUCAUUGUGCAAUGUGAGGCAGACAUAAGAGAACAGCACAGGACGGUAAGAAGGUGGAAAAGAGACUGACAAAAGGCUGAAGAGACAACCUGACAUCAUUAAGACACCAUCAUAAACACUAGAAGAACACCCAGUUAGCAAAGAGGGGAAGGGGAGAGAAGAAGACAACUGCAAGGACAAAAACUCUUCUCUUUCAAAAACCAAAAAGCAGAAGACAGUUGGAUGACAAGACGCAAAAUAAUUCUUCAACACUCCUCCUCUGUACAUGAGAGGAAGAACUAAGAGACAGAAGAGAAACAGGCUAGAAAUAAGAGGGACAGAAAGGAGAGCAGCAGGACGAGAGAGAAGAAGAAGCACACAGAGGUAAAGGAAGAGGAAAAGAGGGACUAGGACUAACCCUGGAGUAUCUAACCAGUGCUCUGCUCAGCCCGGCAGGGAAGAUGUCAAAGUCCUCCUCGCGGCUGGGUCGACCCGGAUCAGCUGGGUCUAAGAGCCCCAGCUUGAGGAAGGAACCGCAGAGUAAUCGCUCAUGCAUGCUGCGGAUCGGAGAGAGGCUGAUGAGGGCAGGCAGCGAGGGGAACCUGGUCCAGCGACCCAUUCCAGCACAGAGCCAGGCUUCCUCAGCUGGCUUAGGGCAAGGGACGAAUGACCAGACACAAGCUCCAGCCCGGGACAAACCCACUGAGCAUACAGGAAAUAACUCCAACAAAGAUCCAGGAACCUCCCCGUCCAGAGUAUCUUCUUCUUUUUCCACUGCCGUGGACGGCAGCACUGAGUGUGUGCCACAGAAGAAACUACACACUAACAGCAGCCUGCUGUGUAACCCGGACUUCACCUCCUGUGCAACGGCUCCACGCUCUCCCAGCACCUUACCACGAAGCUACGUCACAGCCGCUCGUGCAAGCAGCAGGGACAGCCAGCUGGACAGCCUGAUGAUGCAGCACUCUGAUGUGGAGAGGAAGAAGGAGGUGUUUUUGGACCACCUGAGGCAGAAGUAUCCUCACCAUGCUGCCAUCAUCAUGGGACACCAGGAGCGCAUGAGGGAGCAGGCAAGGAGUCCUAGGCCCUCUGAAAGCCCCACCUGUGCCAGUGUGGUGGGCUUGACAGAGCAGCAAGAUCCUCUGGCUUUAGAGACAAUGUCUGAUGGAGAGGUGCUGCCCCCCACAGUCCCCUUUACAAGGGGCUGUAAAGCCAGAGCAAGUCUACCUGUGGGCCGGUCAAGUGGUCAGACAAGAGAGAUGCCGCUUGGUGUGUUGUACCUGCAGUAUGGGGAGGAGACAAAGCAGGUCAGGAUGCCCGCUGAGAUCAGUAGUCGGGACGCUCUACGGGCUCUGUUUGUCACUGCCUUCCCUCAUCAGCUCACCAUGAAGAUGCUACAGUCUCCCAACAUGGCCAUCUACAUCAAAGACACCAGCCGCAACGUCUACUACGACCUGGAUGACAUCAGAAACAUCCCAUCCCACUCCUGUCUCAAGGUUUAUCAUAAAGACCUUGCUCAUGUGUUCAAUCGCCAUGCCAGGCCUGUCAACACAGAGGGAAGGAUCUCCAAAGAGGUGUUGUACGGCAGUCACAGUCCAGUCCACACCCUGUCCUCAUCCAGCCGCAGCACCCUGCACAGCCUGCAGGGCUCCAUGUCCCCACCCAUGGUCCGCUCCAUGCCCUCGUCCCCCUCCAGGAUGGCGUACGGCGGGGGGAACACAGGUGGGAGGAUGGGGCUGGUAGAUCCAGGCAGUGCCACGUUACCACGGGAACGCCUGUCAGGGACAGGGCGAUCUAGCUCCCUCUGCACCAGCAGCAGUGCUAUACUGGAGAGGAGAGACGUCAAGCCUGAUGAGGACUUUGGCAGCAGUAAGAGCAUGGCCCUGGUGGUACGUGGUGAAGGAGGUCCAUAUUACCCAGACUCCUACUGCUCCUCCCUGCAGGAUGGAGGAGGAGGUCACCUCAGCAUUGCCUCCUCCCAGUGUAGUGCUCCUCCCUCUCUCACUGCGGACAUGGUGGAUGCCGGGGUCACAGGGAUCCCAGGGGGGUUGCAACAGUACCGGGCCUCCAUUAAACCCUUGAUGGGCUAUGGAGACAGCAUGGAGCACCAGACCCGCUCCCUCCACAGGCAGAAGAACAGGAAGUAUGGAGACAGCCAGCUUCCACCACUAGGAAUUAAAACCCCACCCCCUUCCCCUCACAGAGUCAAUGAAGUCAGGAUGACUGAGGGACAGAUCAUCGGAGGGGUGGGCCUGGUGUCUCCAGACAGGAUGUCUCCCAUUCGCCGGUCCCUGCGGCGGGACAGUAACGGAGUCAAGGUGGAGAUUGUGAACAGAAGUAGAGGGAGUGGCUCAUCGUCCUCUACCUCAUCUGUUUUUGUGGACAGCCCUCUGGGACAACCAGAGAGACUGUUUCAGGGUCACGUGCCUGCCAGCAAUGCCCAGAGUGAGAGAAUGAAAGCCAUGGAGGAGCAGAUAGCCAGUCUGGCAGGUCUAGUGCACAGUGCUCUGUCUAUGGGAUCAGAUAUUCCAGGAGUCAAAGACGCCAUCAGUGAGAGCUCUCAACGUAAACUCCUCAACAACAGACCCGGAGUAUCUUCUGAGCCUCAGAUCCCUGCUGCUGGGAUUGACAGCUUUAGUCCCGCCCCUCUGGCUCUUCAGGCCCCUCCCUCUGACGGCGGUUUGCAGCAGAGCUUGGUGUUAGCAAAGAGAAAUGUGUUUGAGCUGCGACUGCAACUCAACCAACUCAGACACUUACAGCUGUCAAACCAGGAGAGUGUCAGUUCAAUGCUGCGGAUGGCAGGUCAGGAGCUGGCGGUGCUGAUGUAUGAUCGCUUGGCUCAGUCUGAGGAGGCAGUGUACAGACGGAGAGCAGAGAUGGAGGAGGAGAGGAUCCGCUACCUGGCUACAGAGGAGAGAAUACUUACACAGCUUCGUGAACUGGAGGACUAUGUGGACCAUUUGCAACAAAGCUCCGCCUCCAGUGCCAACCAGCCAUCAAUCACUCUGAGAGACGUGGAGGAGGGAGCAGUCAACCUGCGGAGCGUUGGAGAAACUCUGGCCAUCCUUAAAGGUGAGUUUCCAGAGCUACAGGUGAAGAUGCGCUCAGUGCUGAGGCUGGAGGUGGAGGCAGUGCGUUUCCUGAAGGAGGAGCCACAUAAGAUGGACUCCAUGCUGAAGAGGGUUAAAGCCCUGACUGAAGCUCUCAGUUCUCUCCGCAGGUGUGUAUCAGAGUCAACCCCCCCAGCCAGAUCAGCUCAGGUGGAGCCUCUAAAGGUGCUGGAAACAGAUCAGGGACCCCUGAAGACCCAGAGCCCCCAGAGCUCCCCCAAACCUCAGCCUAGAUCCUUGGUCAGAGCUCCUCUUCCCAACCCGCCUCUCUCUGGGAGUCAGGCUGAGGUCAGUCCAGCGGGCUCAGCCUCCCCUGUCAUGGCCCGCAGAAUGAACGCAGCAGCAACAGUGAUCCAGCCCUCCCAUCAUCACCCCAGCCCCCCACUGACACCCACCCAUGGACGAGACUCACCCACUGUGGCCAAGGUGAGUCCUCGCAGCAGAGAGGGCAGCCCUGCCCUGCAGAAGAGACCGGGCCCACAGGAGAGCCACACUGAACAGACCACCGUAAAACACACAGAGACACAUACUGAGACUACAGAAAGACAAACUCCAGAGAACAGCCAGACGGUAGAAACUGGCAGUGUGGAUCAGUCCAACACCAGCCAAGCCAACCAGCCAGCCAGUGUUGACUCUAGUCAGUCUCCACCCCCCAGCACCAACACAAACUUUGACCAGGAACUCCAGGAGGCCCAGGCCAACCUGAUGAAGUCCAUCCCAGAUCUGAAUGUGUCAGAUACCAGAGAGGAUUCCUCUGAUUCUGCCUCAGGACAGAUGACCUCCACUGCAUCAAAGUCAGAGCAGGACACAGCUCUGGACCUGACACUGCAAGCCUCAGUGGAGCAGCAAGCCCCUCUGUCUGACUCCCAGGGAGACACACCUCCCCAGCUGAGUGAGGAGGUGGACUCCACCGAGCCACAACCCCCACACACAGCUCCAGCUGCAGUCUCACAGCUUCCUGCAGCAGCUGUGGAGCCUCCUCCUUCAGCUUCUCCAUUAGCUGCUCCCACAGCUGCUCCCUCAGCUGCUCCCUCAACUGCUCCCACAGCCCUGCCUUCAGCCUCUCCCAGCACAGAGCGCAGCAGCCGGCCACAGGUGGAGAAACCCCGGCGCACCAGUGUGGACAGAGAGAUGAAGCAGAGUCCAGACAGGGCUGGCAAGUCUCCUCCUCCACCUCCUCCACGAAGGUUCCAUGCUGUCAGCUCAGGUCUGACCACAGGAAGGUCAGGGGAGGUGAUUAUCACCACCAGGAAAGAGCUGCUUGGAGCCCAGGACGAGGGUGGGAAGGAGAAAGACAAAGGACCGCCUGUGGUUUCUCAGCCUAAGCCCCCAAGACAGCCACCAGAGGUCAAACCCAAGCCCCAGAUGUGUGCUCCUGCACCUCCCGCUAGUUCCACCUCCACUGCUUCAACAUCCUCAGCGCACAGGGGGGACGAGGAGGAAGAGGAGGAGGACAACAAAUUCAUGAAAGAGCUGCAGGUGUUUCAGAAAUGCACUGUGAGAGAUGUAGGGAGCAGAGGUAUGGUUGAACUCUCAGCCUCUGAGCUCCAGAGCAGAGAGAUUGAGUCUCAGGUGACAACAGAACUGUCGGAUAAGAAUAAUUUGCCAGGUGGAAAUAAGCAAUGGAAAGGAGAGGUGAGGACAACUCAGACAUCACAGGUGGCUAAUCUGAAGCCUUCUGAGUUAACAGCAUUUUACCACCUGUCAGCUCCUCAAACGAGAAAAACAAAUGGCUGCCCUCAUAAAUUCGUAACAGCAGUUGGACUGGAAGAACACAUUGAGGUUAAGAAAGACUAUUUAAAACCUGAUAAGAAGAAGGAAGCAAAGGAAAAUGUGAUUAUACCAGUGUCUUCCUUUAACUGUGCAACAGUAGAGAAGUUGGAGGUACCCACACCUGUAAAUUUAAAAGAUGUUCAGACUGUCCAGAAGAAUGAGGAGGGACCAACACUAACCCAAAAGCAAGCAGAGAAGAUGGAGAUACUUCCAGUAACAACUUCGCCAAAAGAAAGUGAUCUUCCUGUGAAAAGUCCUGAUCAGAUUAACAAGGGGGUUGUUGGACAGGUGUGCUCCCCAACCGUGGCAGAAAAGAAGGUCAAGUUUACAACCAUUGUUACUCUACAAAAAGAAAACUUCCAAGCUACCGACUUGACGAGUCCUGACAAGACGAAUGAAAAAGUUGUCCAAGAGGUACCAGCUGACAAGAAGUCAAAUUUGAUGGUAGUUGUAACUUUACAAAAAGAAAACACCCCAAAGGGUAGCUUGAUAGAGUCCCAGCAGGAUAAGUCACAGAGCCCUGAUCAGGAGUGUUUAACUUCUACUCCUGUCAUUAAACUCCCCCCUCUUUCAUCCGGCUUGACUAACAGCCACAGCAGCAAGCAGCACAACCAGGAGGCAACAGUGCAAGUAUCCAGAGAGCAAUCUCCUUCACCCAGCUUGACUAACAGCCACAGCAGCAUGCAGCAGAACCUAGGGGCAUCAGUGCAAGUAUCCAGAGAGCAAUAUCCUUCACCCAGCUUGACUAACAGUCACAGCAGCAUGCAGCAGAACCUAGGGGCAUCAGUGCAAGUAUCCAGAGAGCAAUCCCCUUCACCCAGCUUGACUAACAGUCACAGCAGCAAGCAAAAGAACCAGGGGGCAACAGUGCAAGUAUCCAGGGACCAACCUGUUUCACCCAGCUUGACUAGCAGCCACAGCAGCACGCAGCAGAACCAGAGGGCAACAGUGCAAGUAUCCAGGGACCAAUCACAAUACACAGAAGAAGAAGGUAGCCUGAGCCCCGAUACUGGAGACAAUGAGGGACCUCCUCCUCCACCACCUCCGAUUGGUAAAAUCAGCCUUAGAAUCGCUAGGAGCAAGAGUCCAAGAGUGAAAAAACAGGAAGACCCAGGAAAAAUGAGUGCCCCUGACACAGAGACUGUAUCUGAGGACAGCACCGGUGAACACACUUAUCUGGGGCAUGAGAACGAAGGCUUUGAUGACAGUGAUGACUUUGAUAAGAAACCUAUUAUCGUUAUUUUGAAUGAACCUAUGGACAUUCAGUCGGCCUACAAGCGUCUGUCGACCAUCUUUGAAUAUGAGGAAGAUCUUGAUGGGAUUCUCUCAGCAGAAAGUAUUGUAGAUGAAGAGGACACAAUACAGGAAGACGAGAAACAAGACAUGAGAAAAUUUCGCAUCACCCAAAUAGAUACAGGCUCUGACCUUAAAGACACCACAGGAAAUGGUCACAAUUCUCUAAAUAUGCAACACCAAAGACCUUCAGCAGAUAACAGCACAAUUUCUAAAAACCAAGACCAGGGCAAACCAGACUUGCUUAAAAAGCCAGAGACCAAAAGGAAAUUCAAAUUUAAGUUCCCUAAAAACAAACUGGCUGCAAUUAGCCAGGCCAUUCGAACAGGGACAACCAAAACAGGAAAGAAAACACUUGAGGUUGUUGUCUAUGAAGAAGAGGAGGAGAUAGCAUCAGAUAGCAAGCCAGUGAAGGAGACCAAGAAGCAGCCAAAAGAAUCUAAGAGGUUUGAGAUCAACAGUACCAAGCAGUUCAACUUUGGUGAAGACAAUGCCUGUGACAGGGACUUCAAGUUCUCCCCUCCCUCUGCUGACUCAAAGUCACAUACCCGGGUAGAGAAGCUCUGCAAGAAUGCGUUUGAAUCUAUUGACAGUCUAGAAGAGUCCAUCAAACAGUUGGAAAUCAGUGUGGACAGUAUCUCUCCCCCUUCUUCCCCCUCCAGUGUUGUGUCUUCAUCUCCUCAGUCUCCAGAUUCUUCCUUUGACUCCACUGACAGAGCUCAGCUUAAAGGCAAAGUCAAACGAGAAAGGGAGAGAAGCCCUUCCAAGAGGCCGGCCUCUCAGAUCCUCAAGGGUCCAAAUCCACCUCAGAGUAAGAGGGCCAAACCGCAGCCUGCACAGGACACAGGGAAAACCUCCACCAAGAAACAGAGCUCCAGCAGCACCUCCAGCUCCUCUGCUCAGCGAUCCCACAUGAAGGCUCGCCACUCCUCCUCCUCCUCUGGCUCACCAGAGAAGACACCCAAGGGUCAGCAGCAGGCCACCCAGAAGCAGCCCAGCCAGCCACGUCUUGUCGCCAUCCCACGCUAACGUCAGCCAGGCCCACCACGGGCCUCGCAGCAGCAACAAACGCCAGCACCGCCUCGUCCUCACCUCUACCUCCACCUCCACCUCCACCUCCACCUCCAGCACCACCUCCACCUCCACCUCCCAACACAGUUACUACUCUUCAUCCUCCUACUCUUCAUCCUCACCCUCCUCCUCGUCCACUUCUUCCUCCCUGUCCCCCACCUCUUCUUCCUCCUCCCCUCCCUCCCCAUCCUCCUCCCUCCUCCCCACCAUGGUGAGUCAUGGGGCGAGGAGCGUCCGAAUGUCAGCCUCCAACCCCAGCUCUCCGGCCCGCGGCAAGAAACGCACCGGAAACCAAGCUGGCCGAGCCCUGCGCACGGCAGCGGCAGCCUCAAAGGAUGCAGUGUGAUGUUUUCAUCUACAAUUUAGGCUUUAUAAAUGUGUAAGUGUAGAAGGGAAUGUGUGGGGCAUACCCAAGUGAUGAAAAAAAGCUAAUUGCACUGUGUUCCUACAGCAAUAUUGUGUGAUGUUUACCUUUUGACAUUUUUAGAUGGGUUGUGGACAAAGAUUAGGCUUGUUAAACCUCUCAUUUUAAGUACAAACCACACUAGUGCCAUAUGACAUGCAUCUAGACAGUCACCCCUAGAGCCCUACCAAUACGUUGGCGUGGUUGAGAUUACAGGCUGUCUUUAUCUUAUCACAAAUAUUUCUCUUCUGUCGUAACACAGUACAGCACAGGGAUACCAAAGAUAUACUGACGUAAAUUAAAACUGGCAUUCUCUAGUGAACCACAUCAUUUGUUCACUAGAGAACACUGUUUAUUUUUUUAUUUUAAAAUGUCCCACUGAUAGUCGUUUUCCUUUAAACUAGCUCUGGUUCUUGAACCACUUCUGUUCAGGAUUCUUGAAACCUUGGUGCUAUCUAGCAAAUUAGCCCGCAUUUUGUAGCUAGUCAGUAAACUGAUGUAAUCACGGAUGUGUCAUCAAUGGAGGGUGUUGCACAAUGCACAAAGGAAGUAAACAGUAGUUGCAAGAUGUCAGAUCACAUUGAUGACCUGUGAGCUGUUACCACUGAUAGUAAUGAACAAAAAUUUAAAUGCAACACUUUUUUUUUUUGCUCCCUUUUUUCUACAGUUUGAAGUUAAAGAGCUCAGAAUUUUUCAUGCACUCAACAGAUAUAUUUCUUUUAAAUUUCAGUCACAAAUUUGUUAAAAUUCAUGUUAGUGUGCACUUCUCCUUUUCCAAGAUAAUCCAUCCACCUGACAGGUGUGGCAUAUUAAGAUGCUGACACAGGUGUCCCAGGUUUUUAGGGAGCAUGUCAUUUGCAUGCUGACUGCAGGAAUGUCCACCAGAGCUGUUGCCUGUAAACUGAAUGUUUCACUACCAUAAAGCCGUCUCCAUGAAUUUGGAACUACAGCUUACCAGCCUCACAAACACACAAGUCGGUUAAGAUGACAAACUGCUGUCAGGUUAAUACCCUGGUGAGGAUAAUGAUGCAGAUGAGCUUCUCUUAGACGGUUUCUGAUGGUUUGUGCUGAAAUUCUUUGGUUGUGCAAACCAACUGUUAUAUCAGCUGUUCAGGUGGCUGGUCUCAGACAAUCUUACAGGUAAGGUCACUUGAUGUGGAGGUCCUGAGCUUGUGUGGUUAUGGUUGUGGUCUGCAGUUGUGAGGCCAGUUUGAUGUAGUGCCAAAUUAACGAACAUCAGACAUCUUAUGGUAGUGAAAUGAACAUUCAUUUCAUGGGCAACAGCUCUGGUGGAUAUUCCUGCAGUCGGCAUGCCAGUGACACGUUCCCUCAAGACCUAGGAAGUGUGGGCUUGAUUUGUGUGAUCAAACUGCACAUUUUAGAGUUGCUUUUAUUGCGAUCAUCCCAAAGCACACCUGUGUAGUAAUGAUGCUUAUUUAACGAGUUUUAAAGAGUUUAACCUCUGUGAGGCACUUUGUGUUACUGUUGUAUGAAAAGUGCCAUAUAAAUAAAGUUGAUUUGAUUUGAUUUGCUGUUUAAUCAGCAUCUUGGUAUGCCACAUCUGUCAGGUGGAUGAAUUAACUUGGAAAAAGAAAAGUGCUCACAAACAUGGAUUUUAACAAAUUUGCAGCCACAAUUUGAGAGAAAUUUAAUUAUUGAGUGCAUGAAAAACAUC